AUGACAACCUACUUUCCUAAUAUAUAUUUUUUUAUAAAAAGUAACGAAAUCCUAUUUCAGUUGUCUAGUCAAUCCAUGCUCAAAAUGGCGCCAACGACGCAGACGACGCCGUCGAAGGCGAAGGCUAAGGAUCCCAUCGAUGAGACAAAUAGAUUAACAAGAGGAUUAACUAAACUUUCCACUGCAUUCACUAGCGAUCUAUCGAGUUUUAAGGAUCUUCGUUUAAAGUGUGAAGGGGCAGUUAAUGGAAUAACUCCCAAUCCCGCCUAUCAAACACAUCAGAAUAUUUUAUGUGAAUAUAUAACUUCUGCUGUUAGAGGUACUUACGGGAAUAGACAAUCUGAUCCAGGUUCUGGUGUCCAGGUUUUUAGUGGUUUAGGGCGUACUGAACGUUGUUAUAUUUUACGAAUAUGUAUGAAAUAUUUAAUAAAAAAUUAUUGUCUACAGGAGAAUGAUAUUACAACCAUUUUAAAUGCAAUGGAAUCGAAAGUUAGGUCAUGGGCAGUUGGAGGUAACAAGAAGAAUAAAGAGUAUUUUGAUAAAUGCAUAAAGAAGUCAUGGGGUGAGGAAAAAGGAGCAGAAAAGAAUUUAAAGUGUAGAGUGAUUGAGGUAAUUAAGGCAAGUGAUAGAGGUAGUUCGUCAAAAUUGGACCCAUUGAGAACACUAUCUGGUGGAGGAAGUGGAACUUGCCCUAUGAAUUAUGACCACGGUUGUAUUAACGGCACCGCCGGCAGCGUCGUCGUCGACGACGACGACAGUGACGUCGACAGCGAAGAAAGCGAGGAUGAUGAUGACGAUGAGGACGAUAAUGAUGGUGCUGUUACUGCUGCUACAACAACAACACCAACACAAUCAACAUCACAUUCAUCAGGACAUGGAAUAGGGAGUUUUUCCCCAUCCCUUCCUCCAGGGAAUGGGAAUGGGAAAAAAGGGAAGGUUCCCUUCCCUUCCCUUUCUUCCUUUCCUUUUGACUCGAUUCAUCCUUAUCUUCCUCUAGUUCCUUCUAUCCUUGGAAUUAUCACCAUAACUUAUUUCCUUUGGAAGUAUUUUGGCCAACUGGGUAAAAUAAAACGUUUCAGAAGAGCUCCUUUAAGAAUUCCCGGUCCAUCAGUACAGGAACAAGUCCUUGAUCAUGUGCAACAAGAUAGUUCACAUGAAUAUCGAUUAGUGAAAGAACGAAAACCUCGUUCUGCUCCAACGAGAACGAAACGUUCUGGUCCCGUGAAUCGCCGCACGAUUAUUGAAAUUCAUUUUGAAGUGUUGGACGAAUGUCAGAAAGGAGACACACAAUUGAACCAGAAGGAUUUUCUGGAACUUUUGGUUCAAGAAUUCAUGGGAUCCGAAUUAAUGGAAGAAAAACAGGUUCCUAAGGAUGAGGUUCUUAUGGAAUGUGUUCCUUUGGAACGGGUUCCUAUUGAAGAGGUUCCAAGUUUAGGUUCCGUGUUUAUGGUUUAA